GUACUGCGUGUGUAAAGAAUUAUAACAGCUUCCACAAGAGGCAGUACAACUCGCUGACGGACCGACUCGACAACUGCACAUUUCUUUCCACCACCGAAGAAGACGCGGUUUCCUGUGCGGCGUGACGUCACGUCCGCCGUCCCGACGCCGAGCUGAGCUGAGGGAGUGAUGGCGGCGUGCCGGGGCUCUGCGGCCAAGUGGUACUUCACCCGGGACCAGCUGGACAACACGCCGUCCCGCCGGUGCGGGGUCGAACCAGACAGGGAACUGUCCUACCGGCAACAAGCGGCGAACCUGGUCCAGGACAUGGGCCAGAGGCUGAACGUCUCUCAAUUAACAAUAAAUACAGCGAUUGUUUACAUGCAUAGAUUUUAUAUGCACCAUUCUUUCACCAAAUUCCAUAGGAAUAUAAUAUCUCCAACCACCUUGUUCUUGGCUGCGAAAGUGGAAGAGCAACCCCGGAAACUUGAACAUGUGAUCAAAGUUGCACAUGCUUGCCUAAAUCCACAAGAGCCUCCUCUAGACACAAAAAGUAACGCAUACCUCCAGCAAGCUCAAGAGCUGGUGAUACUUGAAUCCAUAGUGCUGCAGACCUUGGGCUUUGAAAUUACUAUUGAUCACCCACACACAGAUGUGGUGAAAUGUACCCAGCUAGUGCGAGCAAGCAAGGAUCUGGCACAGACUUCCUAUUUCAUGGCUACCAACAGUCUACACCUCACUACCUUCUGCCUCCAGUACAAGCCCACAGUGAUUGCCUGUGUGUGCAUACAUUUGGCCUGCAAGUGGUCCAAUUGGGAGAUUCCAGUUUCUACUGAUGGGAAACAUUGGUGGGAGUACGUGGACAGCUCCGUCACCCUGGAGCUGCUUGAUGAGUUGACCCAUGAGUUUCUUCAAAUUCUAGAGAAGACUCCAAGCCGAUUAAAGAGGAUACGAAACUGGCGGGCAACACAAGCUGCCAAAAAGCCCAAGACAGAAAACUCCCAGUUGACCGACAACUCACUCGCUGGGCCUUCAAUGCUACUGGAGCAAGGUGAUGGACUCGUCACCUCCCACCCAAGUUUUUCCAAAAUGGAUGCUGCCUUCUCCGUUUCUAUGCCUGGCCAAGCUAGAGGAGCAACCCUUCCUCUGGACACCAUGGCUAACACAUACAUGCCAGCGAGCCACAGUCAAUGGCCUCAAAGUGAUCACAUCCAACCAGGGUACCAUUCCACCUGUGUAAAACAGGAACCCCUCAGCAUCCCUAUAGAGUCAACACUGUCUUUGCAGACAAACUCUUCCACUUUGCUUCAGCAUCCGCUUUACAAGACUGAAAAAAACAUAGAUUUCAACCUAGUCAAACAAGAACAGAAAGGAGCUGGUGGAAGUGGAGUUGGCAAGCACCAGCCACCACCUCAGUCUGUUUACCCUCCACCAGCUCCGCCUCCUCCACCACAACCCUCUCCAGCUCAGAAGCUUUCUCUGGAAAAAUACAGAGAGAAGCAUUCUGCAGAGAUGGCUGUAACUGCUCAGAGGCGUAGGCAGGAGCAUUACGGUGGAGUGAUGGACAGUGACACAAAAGGAGAUCUGACAUCUUCUACCUAUGCACCGUUCACCAUUAGCCAAGCAGAUCAUAGAAAACAUUCAACGCCCCACCAAACCUCCUAUGGAAGUGGCAGCACGACACCCUCCCCAAUGAAAAUGAAAGGAUCCUCCUCUUCAUCUUCAGGGAACGAUAGGCGUCAUCAUGGUGACAAACGGGACAAAGGCUCUCUUAAACUUUCUCUGGCCGUACCCGGGUCCAGUGGCAGUUCUCAGCUGGAGAAAAGUGGCCAACCAAGCAAAGAUGAGUUUAAGAUGAAGAUUAAAGUUUCCUCAUCAGAGCGCCACAGCUCAUCAGAUGAAGGCGUGGCUACCAACAACAAAAGUAAGCAUUCCAGCCCGCUGAUGAGCAAGGAGAAACACCGUGGAGCAGAGCACAACCUCCAUCGCCCCCACAAGCACAGUCACCCUCACACACACAGUGGCAACGGGCGAGGAGCCGGCGAGGGCCCGGCCGGCAGCGCGGGGCUACUACGUGGUCCUCCAGGACUGGUCAGCAUGGAGGGAGCAGCCCUCGGCUAUCCGACAUCCGCCUCUAUGACGUCAUCCUCGUCGCGCAAGAGAGCCUACCCAGAGGCCGGCCACAACCACCACCUUUCUUCCUCAGCCUCCAGUUCUUGCUCCAAAGUGAGCAAAAUCUCCAAGGGUGGCACAGGUGCUGCAGGUACUUCAUCUUUUUCUUCCUGCCUCUUUCCUCCUCCCUCCUCUUCUGUACUUCCAUUUGUCUCAUCUGGCUUGCAGCUCCAUAGCUAAUGUCCUUCCCACCCUCCUCUUUCUCUUUCUCCUCCUUAUGUUUAUUUCUCCUCCUCCCCUCCUGUCACACCCAGGUGGGCUGCGGACCUCUCAGCAGUUCCCUCCUCCUAGUGAAUCGCCACACGAGGUGGGAGGGCAGAGACACUGAGUCCACCAUUCUGCAGCCAUGGCCAGCGCAUGAAAAUGGCAAAACUGCCCACAGCUCAGACUUUGAAGACUAUGCUCAACCUCUUAUGUCAAGUGCCCUAGGAAAAAAAAAAAAAACAUGUGAUGAAAAAACCCUUUACUGAAAGGCAGAAAAACUGCAAAAAAAAAAAAAAGGUAUUAAUGGACUUCUCUAUUACUGAGAGACAAGAAAGAUGAAUAAUUAUACUUCCUGACUGUCACACCUCUGGGCUGUGAUACCCAGUUCCGUCUCUUUGUUAGUGUUGAAUUGCUGCUUGGUUCUUUCUUCUCAUCUGGAUAUUGGAUGUGUGAGAUGGGUAGAGGUUGUGUGUCUCUCCAUUAAAGGUUUCCUUUCCCAAUAUGUCAAGAUUUCCAUACGGGAAAACAAGUAUUACAAGUUCUGUAAAAGCAUGGAAGGUGCACUUUCAUCAUUUUUCUUUCUUUUUUUCCCCCAAGUAAUUUAAAUGGAUCACUUUUCUGUGGUUGUAUGCAGGAAGUAAGCAGCCAGCUGGAGACAACUGCGGUUUUUGUGCUGGCAUUCCACUUAAUACUGUUGAUGGAUGCAAAUUUUUUUAGGUCUUUUUCGUCUUGGUUCUUUUUAUACUUAAAUACUGUGCAUUUGAUUUGCAUGUUGCAAUCAUCAAAGGGAUUUAAAAAGAAAGCGCUUACUUGCUGUUUACAGAAAAUGGAGACAAAUGUUCAUACGUUUUUGUAUGUUAAAAGAAAAAGCUAUACCAUGACUACUCAGGUUUGGAGCUGCUUGUAACUAUAACAAGAUAACUAUAAUACCUAUAAAAGAGUUUUAUUUUGUUGAUCAAUGGAUUGGGCAUCAUCUUAUGAAUGAAUGCAGCAUUCCAGUUUGUGCUUCUUGCAGCUUUGCUGUAGAUGUUGAUGUACUAUAGUUUUCCUUCAUAGGGAAUAAUAGAUUCUUCUGUCCCACAACUGACACAUUCAACACCUACUUUAAUACAGCGAUCAUUGAUGCAGUUUGUACCAAAACUUUCUCGUUUUUGACUUUUAAGUAGACCUUAAGCUGGAUGCCAAAGGUUGUGGCUUACAAAUUAAUACAAAAACAAGACAAUGGUAGUAUUGUGCUAUAAAGGUUUACGUAAUGAUUUUACUUGGACUUGCAUCAGACAUCACACUACAUGAGGCGGCGGUCCUUCAGAUGUCAGCUCUAAAGGGCACAUUUAUUGUUGUCAGCCAUCGACAUAGUACUGAUCAUAUUUUAUUCUCAUCCAGCAAGUGCUUUCAGAGCAGAAACUAAUUGGGCGUGUACAAGCCCCCUAUCCCAUGAUCACUUUUAGGAACCUUUUUUCUUUUUUUUUUUUAUAUAAAAUUUUGGACCUCAUCCAGUCUCUUCUGUUCUUUAAGUGGUUACUUGUUCAUUUCAGAUUGUGCAGAAGAACUACUGAGGCUGGGUUGCUGUUAUGUAUAUGAUUAUUGUUUUAUAGUCUCACAAAACAGCAAUAUUAGAAAAAGAAAUUGAGCGUUUCGCCACAAUUUAUAUCCUUUUUUUUCCCCAUGCAUUUCAGUAUUAUGAAUAAACAUCAGAAUUGCCACUACCCUGAUACUGAGAGAUGUUUGUUGCAGUUUUAUUACAAGAACUCACAUGUUUGAAGAGGCAAUUGUUGGCGGGGAUUUUGUCUACCAUUUAAGAAAUAACUUUAAUCUGUUUGGCAAAUGAAGAAUGCGUAUUCAAAAAACAGGUAUUGCCAGGUCAUAAGUACAUGGGGGAACCUCUGUUUUUCUAAGUUUUUUCUUUUUCUUUUAAUCAUAUCAAAACAUAAAGUUACUAACCUUUUUUAGGUGAUAACUCCAUUGUUUGUGUCAAACAGCAACCGGUCAGUGUUUCAGCUACUCAAGCAUUCACAGCUUGGAAAACUUAUAUGCUUUUCAGAUUUUGGGUUUUUCUUUAUUUACGCAUGUUUGUGCAGCUAUACUGCCCCC